AUGGCCAAACCCAUGCUCCUUGUGAUCCUCUCUCUCAAUUUGUUCCUCCUCUCAAUAAAUGAUGUACUAAGUUGCAACAAACAUGAACAAGAUUCCUUACUAACAUUCAUCUCUUCCCAUCCCCCUCCCCACAACCUCAGCCUCAACUGGUCUCCCUCCACUAAUUGCUGCCAUUGGCAAGGCAUAGCCUGCGCAUCCCGCAACGGUGCCCCUCGUGUCACACAUCUUUGGCUGCCUGAAAAAAAUCUCUCUGCCACCUCCCUCACUCUACCGAGCCUUCCUUUCCUAGCCCACAUAAACCUCUCCCACAACCAUCUCUCCGGCCUCCUCCCCUCUCUUCCUCCUCGCCUCCUCACUCUCGACUUGAGCUUCAACUCCCUCUUCGGCCCACUCAUCCGCACUCUCCCCAUCACCAUCCACACUCUAGACCUCUCAAGCAACCGCUUCAAUGACUCCUUUGAUCCCUCAUUUCUUCUCCCUCAACCAUCCAAUUUACUCAUCUUCAACAUCAGCACCAAUAGUUUCACCUCCUCCAAUCCUUCAUCAAUUUGCAACAUCUCCCCACUCGUCAAAAUCUUGGAUUUCUCCAUGAAUCAAUUCAUUGGUCCUAUAUCACCUUCCCUCGCCCAAUGCUCAAACCUUCAAGUUAUCAGAGCAGGCUCCAACUCCCUCUCGGGUCUACUGCCACGCGACCUUUACACCCUGACAAGGCUCCGAGAAAUCUCCCUACAUAACAACCAACUUUCCGGGCCAAUCAACACGGCCAUUGUGAACCUAUCAAACCUCAUUAUCUUAGAGCUCCAUGUCAAUCAACUAAGCGGUGAGAUACCUCAAAACAUAGGGCUGGUUUCCAAAUUAGAGCAGCUGCAGCUCCACUCCAACAACCUCAACGGAACCUUCCCACCCUCUCUAACAAAAUGCACCAACCUCACCACUCUCCUCCUUCGCAACAACUUCUUCAACGGCCAAAUCUCCACUUUCAACUUCUCCAAACUCCAACGCUUACAAGCAAUUGAUCUCGGAAACAACACCUUCUAUGGUAACAUCCCGGACACCCUCUGCUUGUGCAAGUCCAUCACUGCAAUCCGGCUGGCCUUCAACCAGCUCAGCGGCGAAGUCCCUCCUUGUAUGGCCUCUCUCAAAUCUCUCACUCACAUCUUCCUUACCGAAAACCAACUCUCCAACGUUGUGGGAACCCUGGACACACUCAAACACUGCCAGAAUUUGGCAGUCCUCUUCCUCAACAUAUGCUUCAACGACGAGAGAAUGCCCGACAACAACGACCUGCUACACUCGGACACCUUCAAGAAUCUGCAGAUUCUGACUCUAGGAGGAUGCCAACUCAAAGGCCAAAUCUCAACUUGGAUUUCAAAACUGAAAAAGCUCAAAGUUCUGAACCUCUCAUUCAACAAACUCUCAGGUGCAAUUCCGGCGUGGGUAGGAUCAAUGCCAAGCCUGUACGUCCUCAACUUAACUCAAAACUCACUGACGGGAGAGAUCCCACGCGAGAUAACGAGGCUGCCUGCGCUGAUAUCCGACAAAAGCAGCACCGACAUGAGCCAUCUCGCGUUGCCCUUUCUAUACGACAAUCUUCAGUACAACCGACUCUUCAACCUGCCGCGCAGCCUGAAACUCGGGAGCAAUAGUCUCAGCGGCAGAAUUCCAACAGAAAUCGGGCAGCUGAAGCUCCUCCAAGUAUUGGAACUGAGCAACAACAAUUUGAGAGGCAGCAUUCCUGAGCAGCUGUCGAAUCUGAUAAAUGUGGAGAAACUGGACAUGUCAGGGAAUGAUCUGACGGGAGAGAUUCCGAAAUCGCUGACGAAGCUGCAUUUCCUGUCAGCAUUCAGCGUGGCGGAUAAUGAUCUGGAAGGGGAGAUUCCGAAGGGAGGUCAGUUUGAGACGUUUGGAAUUGGCGCAUUUGAAGGGAACACUAAACUGUGCGGUGAUGUGAUACACAGAAGCUGCGGCGGCGCGAUUGUGAUAAACAGGCCUAGGCCCUAUGAAGAAAAAGAUGGCGGGAGUAAGAGUCUUUGGUAUUAUAUGCAAUUGCCUCUUGGAUUGGGAUACUUUGUUGGACUAGUUGGAGGUACUACUUUACUCUUCUUCAAGAGUUGGUAG